UUCAAGGAUACAGAGGUAAAUUAUAUGUGAACGAAUAUUAAAUAGAGCGAUACAAAUCCUUAAAAGCAAAAAAAAAUUAUGUUACAGGAUCUCAUCCAAUCUGUUAUUGAUGGAUAUAACGUAUGUUUGUUCGCUUACGGUCAGACGGGUUCGGGAAAAACCUACACGUUAAUCGGGAAUAAAGACGACCCCGGUUUAGCGAUUCGUUCUUUUUAUAAAGUUUUCGACCUGAUUAACGAAAACAAUGCCAAACAAGAGUUUUCCGUGUCUUCUUCGAUUUUCGAAUUAUACAACGAUACGAUCGUUGACCUUUUAAAAAAUGGAAAUUCGGAGGAAAAGUUAGAAAUUAAGAAAUUAUCCAACGGUCAAGUUUAUGUUCAGGGUGCAAGUGUCGUUAAAGUGUCUGACGCCAAUCAAUUAGUGUCGUUGUUUUAUGACGCCUGUAAUAAUCGUCACACAGCAUCGACAAAGAUGAACCCCAACAGUUCCAGAUCUCAUCUCAUAGUUAGCUUAAAUAUAGAAGGUAACAAUAAAUUAACCGGAGCCUUCUUUAAAGGAAAGUUUAGCAUGAUUGAUUUGGCUGGAAGUGAAAGGGUAGGAAAAUCUGCAGCUAUAGCUAAUCAGUUAAAGGAGGCCAACUGCAUUAACAAGUCACUAUCGGCUCUGGCUGACGUCAUCGCGGCUUUAGUAAUGGAUCAAUCGUAUAUACCAUACAGAAACAAUAAAUUAACUCAAUUGAUGCAGGAUUCGAUCGGUGGUAAUUCGAAAACUUUGAUGUUUGUCAACGUCUCGCCCGCCGAAUGUAAUCUGGACGAAACUCUGAGUUCAUUGGUUUACGCAUCCAGAGUGAAACAAGUCAGCAACGACAUUCUUCGUGUACAAAUCAAACCAAAGAAAUCUAAAUCGUAAUACUUUAAGGCCUUGCAGAAUUAUGCUUCUAACAGACAGAAAUGUUUUCGAUGGUUCUGUGAAACAUUUUAAAAUGGUUUCUAGAAGAAACACUAAUGGCAUUGUCUUCCGUCUACUCGUUCGAACUGUGUGUAAAUAUAUUGAUGUACUGUACGUUAAUUUAUUUAUCAGUAUUAUUAUUAUUAUUUAUAAGUUAUCUUUACUCUUAAACGUGCCAAAAUCUUAUUAUUUUAGGCUAAACUUAUGCCAAAUUUUAUAACGAUGUAACAAUUAAAUUGGUAUUUGUAACAAUAAUAAGAGAGACUAAUACAAUUUAUAUCGAUUUGAUUUAUUUUCCUUACAAAAAAGUUACUGUACAUGUUCAAAGCAACAGUUUAGACUGGGAGGAGGAACGUAUAUACCAACCACCCUCGCAAUUUUAUUACAAGGAUUACAGCUGUAUUAUG